AUGUCAGAGUCCAACACAACCCACUUCACCAACCCCUCCACCUUUGUCUUGCUGGGUAUUCCUGGCCUGGAAGCGGCCUAUGUCUGGAUCGCCAUCCCCUUCUGCUUCAUGUACGUCAUCACCAUCUUGGGGAAUCUCACCAUCCUGUUCAUUGUGAAGAUCGAUUUGAGCCUCCAUGAGCCCAUGUACUAUUUCCUCUGCAUGCUGGCCAUCACCGACCUGGUCCUGUCCACCUCCACCCUGCCGAAAAUGCUGAGCAUCUUCUGGUUCAAUUCCAAGGAGAUCGAUUUCAAUGUCUGCCUCACCCAGUUGUACUUGGUUCAUUCCUUCUCAGCGAUCGAGUCUGGGAUCUUCGUGGCCAUGGCUUUGGAUCGCUACGUGGCCAUUUGCCAUCCUCUGAGACAUUCCAGCAUUCUGACAAAUGCGGUGGUGGCCAAGAUCAGUCUGGUUGUGGUGCUGCGUGGUGGCAUUCUUGCAUUACCCUACCCCUUCCUGGCGAGGCAGUGGCCGUAUUGCAGAACCAAUAUCAUCCCCUACACGCACUGCGAACACAUGGAUGUGGUGAAGCUGGCCUGUGCUGACAUCCGUGCCAGUAGCUACUAUGGACUCUUUGUGCUACUCUGUAGGAUCGGUCUGGAUGUGUUAUUCAUUGCUGGGACCUAUGUCCGGAUCCUCAGGGCCAUCUUCCGCCUCCCCACAAAGGAUGCCCGGCUCAAGACUUUUGGGACCUGCACUUCCCACAUCUGUGUCAUCUUAACAUUUUACACUCCAACUCUCUUCGCCUCCCUCACAUCCCGGUUUGGCCACAAUAUACCCCUGCAUUUCCACAUUCUCAUUGUCAACAUUUACCUCCUGGUGCCACCCAUGCUAAACCCCAUCAUCUACGGAGUGAGGACCAAACAGAUCCGGAGCAGGCUGUUUCGGCUUGUUACCCCAAAAAGGAUCUAA